CGAGUCUAAAAACACAGGUCCCGCCAGUUGCGAACCAACCAUCCCGCAUCCCCCACCACCACCACCGCCCCACUGCAAUGUCGAAACGCCCAAUUGAAGAUGUCGAGGCCGAGGCUGGCGCCCCUGUGGUAGUCAAGGCGAAGAAGACGAAGAAAGAAAAAUCGGAGAGUAAGAGCAAGAAGAGCGACGGCGUUGUCGAUGUCGUGAUAGGCGCUGGUGCGCCGGAGUCCGUGGAGGCGCUGGUUGUGGAGAAGGAGAAGAAGAAGAAGGACAAGAAGGACAAGAAGGAAAAGAAGGAGAAGAAGGAGAAGAAGGAGAAGAAGACGGUGACAGAAGACGAGGCGACUGAGCCGAAACUGUCCAAGGAGGAGCGCAAAGCUGCGAAGAAGGCCGCGAAGGAGGCAAAGAAGGCUGCUGAGAAAGACGAGUCGAGUACGGAUGCUCCUGUAGAGCCGGCGCGACCUACACACACCCCGAUGCUGGUAGCGACAGCUGCUAGCUCGACGGCGAGUUAUACUCAGAGCGCCGAGCUCACUGCCUUGCCCAACGAGACUAUCGAGGCCUUCCUGAAGGAGCACGGCGUUUUCGUCGAUGAUCCUCACAAGCUCAACCUGCGCCCUAUCACAGAGUUCUCCCACCUGCCACCAAACAACUUCGACUUCACUAAAUUCAAGACUCCCUCGCCGAUUCAGGCCGCUACAUGGCCGUUCACACUCGGCGGACACGACUGUAUCGGUGUUGCGGAGACUGGUUCCGGAAAGACACUGGCGUUCGCUGUUCCUGCCAUGCGCCACGUUCUGGCACUGGCUGCGUCCGGCAAGAAGGACAAGCUCGGCGUGAGGGUUGUUGCUGUUUCGCCGACAAGAGAAUUGGCGAUGCAGAUCUUCGAGGUCUUGGAGAAGUACUCCAAGGAUGCUGGCCUGCGUGCCGUCUGUCUCUACGGAGGUGUGCCGAAGGACGAACAGCGCCAGAAGCUCAGGACUGCCCAGGUCAUUGUUGCCACACCUGGACGUUUGAACGAUCUGAUCAACGAGGGAGCUGCGGACUUGAGCAAAGUGUCAUAUCUGGUUCUCGACGAGGCUGACCGGAUGUUGGACAAAGGUUUCGAGGACGAUAUCCGACGCAUCAUUGGCGCUUGCCCGUCGAAGGAGACCCGCCAAACCCUGAUGUUUACCGCCACCUGGCCGCAAUCCGUCCGCGAGCUCGCCGCAACCUUCAUGAAAAAGCCCAUCAAGAUCACCAUCGGCGAGCGCGACGACCUACGUGCCAACGUGCGUAUCAAGCAAACCGUCGAAGUCAUCGACCAGCGCGCGAAGGAGCAACGCCUCUUGCAGCUGAUCAAGCAACACCAGUCUGGCGCCCAAAAGGACGACAGGAUCCUCGUUUUCUGCUUGUACAAGAAGGAAGCCUCCAGGAUCGAGGGCUUCCUGCGCUCAAGGGGCUGUAGAGUCGCUGGUAUCCAUGGUGAUCUCAGUCAGCCACAACGUACGCAGGCGUUGGGACAGUUCAAGUCCGGACAAUGCCCCCUGCUGGUCGCGACAGAUGUGGCCGCUAGAGGUCUUGAUAUCCCGGCUGUGAAGCUCGUUCUCAAUGUCACCUUCCCCCUCACCAUCGAAGAUUACGUUCACCGGAUCGGACGUACCGGACGUGCCGGUGCCGAUGGAAUGGCGUACACCUUCUUUACCGAGCACGACAAGGCACACUCCGGAGCGCUCGUGAACAUCCUGAAGGCGGCUAAGCAGGACGUACCAGAAAGUUUGCUGAAGUUCGGAACGACGGUGAAGAAGAAGGAGCACUCGGCGUACGGUGCAUUCUACAGGGAGAGCGACGGAAAUGUCAAGGCGAAGAAGAUCACUUUCGACGAUUAGAUUGGGGAUUAUUGGGCGUAUUUAAAUCUGGCUUGUGGUUAAAACAAAAGUUUGGGUGAUGGGCUAUGAUGCUGCUUCACCCGUCCGUCCCGUGCUCAACGCAACCAAUGUGCAUAAGUUCCUUAUGCCACCGAGGUUACC